GCAGAUCCAGACGCUAGGCAUCACUCCACUUCCCUUGCAACUUUCCAGAUAAGCAUGAUGACACCCCAGCCACUGCGACCGAUCUCCUACCGAAAUGAUCCCCUGGGUGCGAUCAGUUGUCCUGCCUUAGUCCAUUCUGAGUACGACUUUCUGUCGACCGGCAUCCCGAACGAAAAUGUCCAAAGACCAAACUCCGUCACAAUUGACCCGGUCGCAUUACACCUUCCUUGGAGAAGCUCCUUCCCUGCGGCGCGGCAGUGCAGGUUCUGGAGCGAGGCCGAGAAUGCCGGAAAGACACUCCUCCAACAGAUCAAGCGGAUCAACCGUGCGAAUAGUACCAAGGGCGGAUCUAUUGAGCCCGAGGCGGAUGAAGCGGAGAUAGAGCUCUCGAGCAAGGAGGUGGAGCGGAUCGUGAACGCGUCGAGUGCGGCCGUGUAUAUGAACCCUAAUUGUUCUUCCGAGGAGAUCGAGAUUAUCUCGCAGCUCAACCUGAUACUCUGGAUCCAUGAUGAUAUCCUGGAGUCGUCAGAUUCACCGCACGAGAGUGCAACCAUCAUCGAGAAAGUGACGGCGAGCUGGGCCGGAAUUCUUGCCCAUCCACACAAAUACGCUGCAGACUCCUCCGAUAUGUUCAUUCGUCUGGCUCAACGGAUGCUGUGCAUUAGUGGUCAAGGAGAAGGGCUUAUUCGGGGAUAUUUAACGUGGAUGGCGUUCAUGCGGUCAACAAUGCGAGACCAGUUCACCUCCCUCAGAGAUUAUCUUGACUACCGGGCAGUUGAUAUCGGACGAGACUAUAUCCUGGCCGCCGUGAAGUUCGGUAAUAAAGUCCACCUCUCACCAGCUGAGGAGUCACCGCUAGCCCCGUUAAUCGGAUUGGCCAUGGAUCACAUCAUUAUGACCAACGACCUUUUCUCCUACGACAAGGAGCGACGCGACUCGGAGACUUGUGCGAACGCGGUGCGAUAUUUGGAGCAGGUCCUCGCCAUUGACGCGCGUUCCGCUAAGACCGUCAUCAGCAGCCUUCUCACGCAGACGGAAGGUCAAAUGCAUGCAGAGCUGGAGAGUUUGCGUCGCGCGGACGCGCUGAGUGAGGCGCAAAUCCGGUGCGCACGGGGAGUGAUCGAAGCAGCGGCGGGGAAUGUGGUAUUCUCCAUCACAACGCGGAGAUACAGCCCUAUCGGGGCUGCCCAGGCCAGUGGGAUGAAAGGUUGAGAACCGAGGAGUUCUGUUUCAUAGAAGAUGAUUGAACAUAAUAUCAAUAGACCAUCAUUCACCGUGGAAAACUCUCUCCGAUGCCCAAGCCCGCUGGACGCGGGGAUGGUACGGGUAAAGACAGGCAGUUAUCUCCGGAUACGGA